UAGUUGUAGUUGGAAAAAAUCCUUUGGUAAUUUCAUUUGGAAUUUCAUUGAAAAGGAAAAAAAAAAUAAUUAAAACAACUAAACUUCUUAAAAAGUGCAUUUAUGCUAUAUAAAGCUAUUAAAAAAUCCAUGAAAUGAUGCAAAACAAUUUUGUUGGAUAUUUUUAGUUGAACGAUUUAUAGUGUGACAAAUUCUUAUGUCUAGCAACACACCAUGAUGGCCCACAGUGUGCCACUGGCGUCGCAGUCGAUUGAAAAUAAAUUCGAGAACGGCGUACGCAUUCUAUAAAUAAACACGAAGUAAUGCGGGGCAUUGUGCGGGUGAAGUCAACGUUUGGGGCCGCAAGAGCCAAUGCUUUACUUUUUAGAUAAAUAAUAUUUGAAAAUAAAACUUGAUGUACAUAACGUUGAACACUAGCUGUCACAUAAGGAAGAAGCAUUGCAAGUGGUGAAUAGCAUUACGGUCAAGUAAGCGAAUCGGAUAGAAGUAUAAAUUAAAUACAACAGGUGUGUAACGGGUGCGCUGAAUGUCAUAGUCUUCGUCUGACUAAGAAAUGUAUGAAGGCGGUGAGCGACGUGCGCACACACAAUCGCAUAUAUGAGCACACCUGUCAGAAUAUAUAAAUAUCGUUUGGUGAGCGGCAGCGACGAACAGCUGAAAAAUUGUAAUUUUCUUUGUACUCCGCUAUUCGCCAGACCCGAGCGUACAACGCGUUCAGCUCAGAUCACUCAUACGCCUCAGCACACGCGGCCCUAAUGUCCGAUUUGUUUGUUGAUAUGCACCAGCGGCGUACAGCUGCAGCAUUGGAAAGUUCAAAACAACGAAAAAGUCGUCACGGCCCUGCUGUGAAUGGCAAGAACAAGGAAGGCACCCUAACACCUGACACAUUUUAUUCAUCACAGCACUCAACAACGACCACCAAUGCCACCACUAACGACGAUUAUGCUGAUGCAGAUGUCGGUGACGAGCUCGCAAAUGUUUUGAGCUUGAAACUGCGCAAGCCGAAGAAUUGGCGUUGGGAGCUGAGCACAUCACGUUCGUGUUCCAACAUCGCGUUGCCACGCAUUCUGCUCUACGAUCACAAAGGUCAGUUGUUGGUGGAUGUAGACAGCCAAGAAGAGCAGUGCUAUAGCCAGCCACAAACGGUGAUAACUCAGAAGUCGACUAAAGAAUCGACUGGUACUCAGUCACGUACACGGAAGCGGGCUAGCAAGUCCGCAUCUACCAACUUGGCACAAUCGAUAAAACAAGCCUUGGAACGACAAUUCAGCGGUUUGCAUAUACAAGAGGCGACGCCGUCUCCGGUACCUUCUUACAAGAACAGUGUCGCGACCACGCCAUCUACGGAACAUGCCUCUACAUUAUCUUCAACUAUUGACUUUUUCACUAAUGAACUACCCGAUUACAAAAUACAGCGACGCGCCAAUUCUUUGAAGGGCGUACGUUUCAAAGUUAAUGAAGUCGAAGAUGCAAAUGCGGUUGUGAACAGCAAUGUUAAGAGCACACAAAACUCAUUCAAUCUUGCCGAUUUGCCCACGCCGCCCUCUACAAUAACGACGCCUACCACACCGAGUAAUUCAUCAUCGUCCGGUCCGCGCGAAAAGCGUCGAUAUAGACGUUCGCACAGUUCUGGCCGUUCACCUGCAACUUCUGAAUCGAUACUGGAACGUUUUAGUUUCAAUAAGGGGCGCUUCUCUUCACCCGAAUAUGUCGAGGAACAUGAAGUGCAGCACGCACCGCGCUAUUUUCUACGCACCAGCAAGGCAGGUACUCUGGUAGUGCAAGAGGAGAGCUUCAGUCGCUAUCGUCGGCGACGUCGGCCGCGCAACUCGUCGACGGAAAAUAUACUAAGCAGUCAAGAGAGUGGAUCGAAGAACUCACUCAAGAUGUCGGACUGCAGUGCUCAUGACCAACUGCAUGAAAGCACUGUAGAGCGCACAGGCGAUAGUUUGUUAAAUGUGACGGAACUAGGGCCACAGGCAACACGAAGAAGGGUGUUCCCGGUGCGUCGGUAUCGAAGCGACGGUAAUGUGUUGCUACAACAGGAACCGAUCAGCUCGGAUGAGCAUGCAGAGAGUGGUCGAGAGCCAGCGAAAGCGAGAGAUUCAGUGAUAGUGCCGCAGCAACAACGCAAAUACCGUAGUGAUAGACGGCAGAGCAGAAAAGAACUGAUUAUCAUCGAUCCGGAAAAUGUUAUACAGCCAGGCGCUGAUACCAUGGAAUCAAGGUGAUGGCUGCUAUUAGCACGGGGCCAGUUGAGAUCAUCUACCUCAACACUAUAUACAGACAUACAUGUAAAUAAAUAUAUAGUCCAUUCAAAUGAACUGAAGCUUUAAAUUCUGAAUGUUUCGAAUGUAUGAUUUUUGUAUUUUUAAUUUAAGUAAGCGCAAGCAAAGAAUGUGAACAUCAUUAUCGAGUAAGGUUUUAAUUGUGAUUAAAAUAAAUGUGUGUACAAAAACAUAAAGCAACUUCCCAAUUGUGUGGGGCAGCGGGAGUAUAGUAGCCGCUAGGAAACCAUGUAUAGACUAAAAAUAAUCAGAAUAUUGUGAUUGAUUAAUUAUAAAUAUUGCGGAUAUAAUUUUUAAUUUAGUGGCUAUCAAUAUUUUUACUAUAUGGUUUUGCAGAGACUUAAAAAGUUUUCCCCACCUCUCAUUAUUUCCAUUUGUGUGAUUAUGGUCGUAUUUCUAGUCUAAAUAAGAAAUUCAACUUAGUUCACAUAAAUUCUUUGUGAGAAUGGUUUAAUACAACUACGAUAAUUGUAA